AUGACGACAAGACAACUCCCGAUCCUCCUCCUCGACGGUGGUCUGGGUACCACCCUCGGCGACCCUCCCCACAACAUCACCUUCACGGCCGAAACACCCCUCUGGUCCGCCCACCUACUGAUUUCCUCGCCCUCCACCCUCGAGGAAGUCCACAAAGCCUUUGCGACAGUCGGCGCCGAUAUCAUCCUAACUGCUACAUAUCAAACGAGCUUUGAGGGAUUUACGCUCACGGACCCUCGUUACACGGCCGACGAUGCAGCGCACUUUAUGCGCUCCGCGAUUCCGCUUGCGCGACGCGCGGGAUCGUCCUCAGGGAGGACGGUAAAGGUUGCACUAUCGCUGGGUCCCUACGGUGCAACGAUGUCCCCUGUCGGGGCGGAGUAUACGGGCCUAUAUCCGGAAGAGAUGAAUUCAGAAGCGAAGCUGCGCGAGUGGCAUGCGCGACGGCUGUGCGUGUUCGUGGACGAGACGGGGUCGUGGGACAACUUUGAAUACAUUGCGUUUGAGACGGUCAGGAGGGCGGAUGAAGUGAAGGCCAUCCGUGGGGCUAUGUCGGAUGUGCUGGCAGACAUGUAUCAGGGUCAAGGGCCCGAUUCGGAGAAGAACCAAUUGGCAAUGGGGAAGAAGCCAUGGUGGAUCUGUGGUGUCUUUCCAGAUGAGGAGGUUGAUGAGGAGGAUGUACGGGCGUGGGUACGUGCAGCUGUUGGCACACAGGAGGGAGAAACGGGCGUUUAUCUUCCCCGGCCGUGGGGUAUCGGGGUGAAUUGCACCCGGAUUGGCAAUGUUGGGCGGAUUGUCUCGAUCAUGCAGGAUGAGCUGCGUAACCUAGAGGAUCUAAGAACAAAGGGCUACGUUGACGAGUGGAACAGCGUGACUGGAAAACCUUGGCUGGUGUUGUAUCCCGAUGGCACUAAUGGGGAGAAGUACGACCCUGUCACGAAGACGUGGGUCGCAACGGAGACGGGAAAAGAAACACGCCCGUGGCACGAGAUCUACUGGGAUGUGGUACAGGGGCUGCCUGAGGGUGCGUGGGAGGGUAUAGUAAUGGGUGGUUGUUGUCGGGCUGGGCCCGAGCAGAUCGCUACACUGCGCAGGAGGAUUGAUGAACGGUCCAAUGCUCAAGGCGUUUAA